AUGGAAAAAUCACCACAAUUAUCACCUAAAUUUUAUAAAAGGUUUAAAUUUUGGAAAGAUCAACAUGCUGAAACAAUAUCAACGGCGACAAGUAUUCAGUCAACAUCAUUAGAACCACCGACUUCGGUUUCAUCAAUUUCAUUACCAAUUAUUAAAACUCCAAGUUCAUCCAUUCCAAAAGAUGCUGAAGAUAUUCUUAGUUCCUGUUUCAAUAUUCAUAUCAUCAGAAUUGAACCAAAUUUAGAUCAAUUAAGUAUAUUAUCGAAAGAAACAGGUUUAACAAAUUAUGAGUUAAUUACUUGGUUUAAAAAUAUCCAAAAGAUCCUAAUGAAAUACUGUUAUCAUCAACAUAUUAAAUAUAAAUCAGAUUUAAGUGUUAAAUUGGUAUUAGAAAGAGUAGACGUUGAUCCAAUUUAUGAAUUUCAUUUAUUUUGUUUUUUAAGAGUUUAUAUUAUUCAAUAUUUUGAUCAUGUAUUAGAUGAUGAAAGAUUGGAAAGUAUUACUGGAUUAAAUAAAUUACAAAUUGAUGAUUGGCUAAAUGUUAAGAUUAAAAAGGUGCUUAAAUUUAUAAAUUUUGAGCAAGAUAGAAGAUUGAAAAUUCCAAUUGAUUUGAAAAAGAAGUUGAGUAUUAAUUGA